GUCUGCCCUAUCUGUUUCAGGGCCUUCAUGUGGUAUGCUCACUGGCUGACUGUAUAGCUGUCUGUCUGUCCAUUUGUCUGUUUGCUCUGUACGGCACUGCUGCAUGAACACUAGUGUCUGCAUCCACCUUGACCCCCUGACCUGUCUGUCUGUGUACCUGUCUGUCUGAGUACCGAUCUGCCUGACCUGUUACCAUUGGCCUAAAAUGAUCCACUGCGAUAUCACUUUCAUAUUUGCAGAUUAAAUAAGAGAGAUGCUACAGUAGGCCAUCUGAAAAGAUGCUUUCUGCUCUGGUUCCAUUUGGGCUGGGGUGGGGCUGUCGGUGAUCUGGGAUGGGUCAAAUGGAGUGUGCGCCUCACUGGUGCAUAUCUCUCUCCGUCUCCGUCUGUGUCUGGGCCGGGGUCCAUCAGAUUAGAGUUUCAUUACUGCAGGGUUUCUCUAACAGCCAGCGACAGACCCCCAUACUCCUGUUUCAUUUCCUGUCCAGACUGAACUUCGCAAGCAGAGGAGAUGGAGAUCUGCUUCUUAUAAUACCUAGGAACACAGCAGUCAUGGAGUCCCAGAACCUGGUAGACGACCUCUCGCCAAAGAAGACCACAGUUCUCACCAAGCUCAGUAAUGGCCCUUUGAUGACGGGCUCCCGCAAGCGCCCGUCAGAGGGGAACUACGACCGGGAGAAGGAGCAGUGUAUGGCCCUAUUUGACCAGUGGUCUGAGGCGGACCAGGUGGAGUUUGUAGAACACCUUAUCUCGCGCAUGUGUCACUACCAACACGGUCACAUCAACUCUUACCUCAAGCCCAUGCUGCAGAGAGACUUCAUCACAGCCCUGCCAGCCCAGGGCCUGGACCACAUAGCGGAGAACAUCCUGUCGUUCCUGGAUGCACGGUCUUUGUGCUCGGCGGAGCUGGUCUGUAAGGAGUGGCAGAGGGUCAUCUCAGAGGGCAUGCUCUGGAAGAAACUCAUAGAACGCAUGGUCCGCACAGAUCCCCUGUGGAAAGGCUUGUCGGAACGGCACCAAUGGGAGAAAUAUCUGUUCAAAAACCGCACAACAGAAGUCCCGCCCAACUCCUACUACCACUCCCUCUACCCCAAGAUCAUCCAGGACAUAGAGACUAUAGAGGCAAACUGGCGGUGUGGUAGACACAACCUGCAGAGGAUCCAGUGUCGCUCGGAGAACAGUAAAGGAGUCUACUGCCUCCAGUACGACGAUGAGAAGAUCAUCAGUGGACUUAGAGACAACUCAAUAAAGAUCUGGGACAAGCAGUCUCUGGAGUGUCUGAAGAUCCUGACUGGUCACACGGGCUCAGUGUUGUGUCUUCAGUACGAUGAGAGGGUCAUUGUCACCGGCUCCUCGGACUCCACUGUUAGGGUUUGGGACGUGACCUCGGGUGAGGUGUUGAACACUCUGAUCCACCACAACGAGGCCGUGCUCCACCUGCGUUUCUGUAACGGCCUGAUGGUGACGUGUUCCAAAGACCGCUCCAUCGCCGUGUGGGACAUGGCCUCACCCACCGACAUCAGCCUUCGCCGGGUCCUGGUGGGGCACCGCGCCGCCGUCAACGUGGUCGACUUCGACGACAAAUACAUUGUGUCCGCGUCGGGCGACCGCACCAUCAAGGUGUGGAGCACCAGUACGUGUGAGUUUGUGCGCACGCUGAACGGGCAUAAGAGAGGCAUCGCCUGCCUGCAGUACAGAGACCGGCUGGUGGUCAGCGGCUCCUCAGACAAUACCAUACGGUUAUGGGAUAUUGAAUGUGGAGCAUGUUUGCGAGUGUUGGAGGGUCAUGAGGAGCUGGUCCGUUGCAUUCGCUUCGACAACAAAAGGAUUGUCAGUGGAGCUUAUGAUGGUAAGAUAAAGGUGUGGGACCUCCAGGCUGCCCUUGACCCCCGAGCCCCAGCCAGCACCUUGUGUCUCCGCACACUGGUGGAGCAUUCGGGGCGCGUGUUCCGGCUGCAGUUUGACGAGUUCCAGAUCAUCAGCAGUUCCCAUGAUGACACUAUCCUCAUCUGGGACUUCCUGAACGUGUCGACCAAUGGACAGUCAGAGGGCCGGUCCCCCUCACGCACCUACACCUACAUCUCCAGAUAGCAGGUGGCGCCAUCUGCUGCAGCGAGUCCAGGCGGAGCGGAGGUCUGAUUGGCUGACGGAGUCUGUGUUACAGAAAGGAGCUCUACUGGUCCUUUUGUUCUUCCUCAUCCCUCUGUCCAUACCCCGUUCUGACAAGGACUGAACUCGACCACCACACCCUUGAAAAACAUGCCGCUACUCUUUCCACUGUAAAACCCUCAUCCGCAGUCAUAUUCUGGCGCUGACUUCAGGUCUUCUAUCUACACCGACUGGCCACAGUAAACCUGAGCCUGCUUAUCCUUAGCCAACCACUUACUCUAACAAGGCUUAACUUCAGUUCACCUCACCCCCGACCCACCUUACCUGGCUAGACUCUCUCUCUCUCUCUCACACGCGCACGCACGCGCGCGCACGCUUGGAUGGAUGGACAGACAGAGAAUGCCCGG